UUCAGCGCUAGACUUGCGGGAAUCGUGGAAUCCGACUUUUGCCUUUGUUUUGGCGAGUAAAUUUGGUGAAGACAGAAGAUCCUUUUCUUUGAUGCCGAUAUGUAUUUUUUUAAAGUUACCUGAGAGUGAGAAAACAUCAGUGCUGGCAUUUACACCCAUCUGGAUUUCACAAGUGGUGUAAUAUUGAUGCUGCUAACAUUUAACUAAAUACAGGAGUUUAUUGAAAAUGAAAAGGCACAGAUCUGGAGAUACAUUUGCAGCAAAGAGGACAAAAGUGGCAGCCAAUUUUGGAAAAGAAGAAGCCCCAAGAAACCAAGGUGGUCUCCAGAUGAUCCGACCAUUUCCCAUCAAGCCAAUAUCACGAUUCAACCAGAAGUUUCCAUUCUUCAGACAGCCCACAGAAGUAGGACAUUUCUCUCUGGACUCCAAACGGGGCGUCCAUUGUGACGCGAGACUGCUGAAGGUCUACUGUCCUCCAGCGGACCCUCGAAGGACCGACUUUGACCUGAGGAAAGGUUACAGGGAUUAUAUCAAGAGAGAUGAUGAUGUGAAGGAGAGGUUGAACAAUAUUACCAAAUGGAUGCAGGAGAAUAAAAGACUCAUAGCUGCCCCACCCACCAGUACCUCUGAGAGAAGUGAAGACCAGGGAAACGAAAGCACAAGUAGGCAUUGUGAAAGAAUCAACGCUGACUUUGUAAUGUGGAGAGGCCACAUGACCAAGUUCCUUUGCACACCGUACGAGGACCGAGAAGGCUGGGCUAUGGCCGUCACCCUCUACCGAGGGACGUACUACAUCAGUGAGGUAGAGACAGAGGAGAACAGAGCUAGGAGGAAAGGCAUGUCUGACCGCGAGCAGGAGAUGUCCUACUGGGGAUAUAAGUUUGAGCAGUAUGUGACAAGUGAUGACGAGAGGAGUCAACCAGACACCACCAAGCCUGUAGAUACCCAUGAAGCCUUCUGUUCGGUGAUCAGAACAAGGUUAGAUUCUCACUCCCUGCUGUAUAGUGGUGAAGUAGACUGUAGGAUACCAAACUCAAAGAAGAAACCUCCAGAAAACUACAUGGAACUCAAGACGACAAGGAUUUGGUACAAACACAACAAUGAGAGGAACUUUUACAGGUUUAAGCUUCUCAAGGUGUGGGCCCAGUCUUUCCUUGUCGGCAUCCCGGAAGUAAUCGUUGGUUUCCGUGACGACGAGGGCAUUGUUUCGUAUCUCAGAUCAUUCCAGACAAUGCAAAUGGCGAGCAGUUCACAGGGUAUGUGGGAUGCUGCUGUCUGCUUUAACUUUGCCAAUCAACUUCUGACAUACAUCAAAGAGAUUGUGACAAUAGACAAUCCUAAGGUUGUUUACAUGUUAAAGAGAGCUCCGGGGUCAUCUGAGGUCACCUGCACACUGCAUGCCGAAGGGGACGAGCAAUUCUUGUCUCAGGAAUAUAUUGCUUCAUUUAGAUAGUUGGAGUGUGAAAUGAAUUGUCUAGUAAGGGGAUGGAAACACUAUUCAAAACAUUCAGUAUAAAGCCUCGGUCACAAAUGCCAUUACGAACUGCUACGAACGCCAUACGAACGAUUUUCAGACAAUGGAAAUUCGGGAAGACAAUGGAAAAACAGAGAGAUUCGUACAAAAUUAUCGUUCGUACGAACCUUUGUGACCGUAGCAUAAGGAUGGUUUAAGAUAACCUUCAGAUUAAGACAUCAAAUAAGUAGCGGUUCUACUCGCCCCCCUAAUGCAAAAAAUUAUUGAUUAUCAAUGAAUUUAUGUUAGGCACAUGUAGAAAAUGGAUGCAAGAGCCCAGAGCCCCAAAGCCAGCACAAGCUACACCCCACCAAACAAAGAAAAAAAAAAGAUAAUUUUGGAAUUGGUAAAAUCUUUAGAUAUCUUUAGAUUAGCAGGGCUAACACAACAAAAAACAAUAAAUGACAAAAAGAGUGCGACCAGCAAUAUUACCUUGUUGUACUUGGACUCUGUAGUAAUUUAUAGUUAUAAUGAGGCUCCUUUAUAACAAGGUUCCGUCAAAUUAUAAAAUAUUUUUUAUAUCUUUGUAAAUAUAUGAAAUAAUUAUUGACAGUUUCAUAAUUGGCAUUCAAAUUUAGCUUAUUCUGAGUGGUGAAAAGACUCUUAAAGCAUGUUGUUUGUAUUCAUGUACCCACAUUGUACAACAUUAGUGCGAUGACUCGUGAAGCAUGUUUGUUUUCAUGGAACCAUGUUUUUAUUACAUACAGAGAGACUGUGUUAAGAUGAUUAACAUUUGGCCUUGUGUUUGUCUGAAUAACAUGUACCAUAACUGUAAUUGCCAACCGUUUUGCAUCAUCUUUAUCAACUGUAUCCUGCCAAUAGAUGCCUUGAUAAAGCCCAGAUUUUCACAAGCCAUUCUUAAUGCAUUUACGUGUGGGAGAGAUUAUUGUAACUGGUGGACUUGGAGGAACAUGAAGUUCUAUGAACUUGGGAAGAAAUCGAGUUCACAAAUAAACCCAUUUUCGUUACUGCUUGUGUCACAGAAAUGCAUGUUGCUCAUAUAAAUCACACAAAUUUAUGCAGAUCGUUAUCGUACCAACUUACCAAUAUACUGUUAAAGUUAAACUAAGUAUUUAUCCUGGAAAUUCAAAACAAUUCAUGAAUUUUUUCGGUGAGAUGCAAAUAACACACCAAUCCUUAGAAAUUAUUCAAAUGCAUUUAUAUCAAGAUUGAUUGCAUUAAAUAUUUGAUACAGAUGUCACCCAUUUAUUUGAAUGUGCAAUAUCCGCAUUCAAUUAUGAUUAAUUUUCUCUAGAGCUUCUAUAUCCUUCAUUUGAUAUGUAUCGACGUGAUCCAAUUAUUGUCUGUGAGUAUAGGAUUUAAAAGAAUAGUUGAGUUCUCGUUUAAGACCACAAACGCCUUCAAAA